GGAAAUUGCGAUAUGCAUAGAAGAAGCGUCCUGAAGAUCUCAGAUUAGUGUUUGUAUGUUGUCCAGAUUGUCCUCCAUCAUCUGCCAUGAGACUUUCCAUCCUGUUCUUCUGUUUCUUCAAUGGGAUCUGCUGGGCAUCAGGUUAUUACUGUGUUCACCAACCAAAAACCCUCCACGUGAAGGAAGGAGAUUCGGUCACCAUCCCGUGUUCAUACACCUAUCCUGAGAACCACAGAGGGAAGUCACAGAUUAUAGUAACUUGGUGGGAAGCAUAUACAGUAUACUGCUCCAGUAUCAGGAAAUACAUAAUAGAGAAUAAUGGGAAUAUUCAUAAGGAGUAUAAAGACCGGAUCUCUGCAGUAAACCAUCCUGAUAACCAGACGGCGUCUAUCGUAAUCCGAGGACUGAAAGCUUCUGAUGGAGUUACAUUAUGCUGUGGAGUAAAUGUAGUCAAUGCUGACUAUCAAUCUUAUGAUAUGUAUGGGACAUUUCUGAACUUUGCAGAUGGAAGAUGGUUGUCUAAGGUGGAGGAACUGAUCGCUGUAAAAGGAGAAGAGCUGAUCAUCCCCUGUCAUCAUCACCCGCUGAAGACCCUGAGGGAAGCUCUGCAAGUGACCUGGUAUAGAGGAUUCAAUGAACUGUGUGACUUUAAUAAAGAGAAGAUUUUUGAAUGGGACCAAAAACCCACUAUCGGUGCAGAUGAAUUCUCACUGGUGAACAUCUCUGACGACUUCUCUCUGCGUAUACACCGUGUACCGAGUAAUAGAGGCCCCCACUAUUGUUGCAGUGUGACCACCAGUGAUGGAAAAGAAAUAACGAGCCGAAGUAGUACGGAGCUGAUCAUCGCAGGAUCCUCCUCCUCCUCACCAUUCACUGUUAUCCAGCCUGAUGACAUCACAAGUCGUAGAGGAGAGUCUGUGACCCUUAACUGCUCCUACAGCCGAUAUAUGGAGAGUGAUGUCCUGGGGGUUAAUAUUUACUGGAGACUGGGUAACACAAGCGGACCCUACGUCUACCACCCCUACAAGGAGAUGACUCAUCCUGGUUAUAGAGGAAGAACGGGAAUACAAGGAGAAGCAGAUCUGCAGAUACGGGGGCUGCAGAUGUCAGACGACUCCAUGUAUUACUGCUUUGUGAUGAUCAGAAUGUGUACUGCAAGCCGCAAAUAUAUACUGGUUCAGUAUGGAGGAGGAACACAACUAAUUGUGACAGAUCCUGUCCAGUCACGUCUACAUCCACCAACCGUCAUCUUUGUCUCGUACAUUGGUCUGAAAUUCUUCAUCUCGCUUGCACUUUUCAUUUUUACUUUUAUCUAUUAUAAAAAUCUAUGAUAUAAAACCAGA